GUCUGGUCAGGCAUGUAGUGCAGCGUUAAUCUCUUUUCAAGUUCCGGUGGAAGCCACGCAUUUUUGCCUCCUUCUCUGCGUUGUACAGUUAAUAUGGAUCUUGUCUUGAGCGGGACAUAAGUGAGAUGCUUGGAGGGGUGGUGAUUUUCCAGCUCAGUUUCAUUGCCAGCGCUCUGGCUAGUAUAGGUCUUCGAUUCUCAGAAGAACCGGCCUACGCUAUUUUCAAAAGAUGGAACGCGAGAAGAACAGGGAACUUGACUUUUCAUUUCAAAACGGAAAGCAAAAACGGUUUUCUCAUUUACCAAGACGACAAAGGACAAUGCCAAUAUAUUUACCUUUCUAUGGCAGACGGGCAACUUAGAUUGCGCCUUAAAAUGGGAAACUGCGAGGAAACACAAACUCUACAUAUCGGAAACAAACUCAAUGAUGGACGAUGGCAUAAAGUGACUGUCCAGCGAGACUCAGCAAUGACAAGUCUUACAGUUGACAAUUUAAGUAAUAACACGAUUUAUAAUGGAGAAGUAAAGAAUCUUAUUGUUAAAAGUGACUUGAUCGUUGGUGGAAUCCCGUGGUCUACUCCGUUGAAUGAUCUCUCUUUUCCUCCUAUAUUCUACGAAAGCAAUCAUUACGGAUUCAAUGGCUGCAUUAGCAGCAUAACCUAUAGUGUCAACGGAAGGCCUACGAGAGAGGCGUAUCUGAAACACGCCAAAGGAACAAAACUAGGAUGUUCAGACCCUUGCUCCAAGACUGGAAAAUGUAAAAACGGUGCAGUAUGUCGUUAUACUUCCACUGGGGUACGUUGCGACUGCAAAGGGACAAGAUUUGAAGGAACUAACUGCAGCGAAGAAACUUCAUCUAUCCGGCUUAAUGGAAGUGGUUACGUUGAAUUUAGUGCGAGACAAGAAGCAGAAGAUGUUGAUCCGAAUGAAGACGAUUUCGGGUUUCAUUUGAAGACCUCCUAUGACCAUGGUGUAAUCUUUACUCUUCUUUCGCAUCCUAACUACCUCUUGAUCGAAAUGGUGGAUGGAAAGCUAAAAGUGAAGUUAUACCCUGGACAAGAAGAUCCCGUGGUUCUCGUGGAUGAGCGUAAAGUAAAUGAUGGCAAGUGGCACUGGGUCGAGUUCUAUCGGCGGCUCGAUGUUUUCACGUUUAAGAUAGACCAUAAUAAAAUCAGUACUAAAGAGAAGGUGUCGUCCAUGCCUUUUAAACCUAAAAUUGUCUACGUCGCUGGAGGUCCCAGAAAUGUCCUCAAAAAGUCUGAAUCAAAACAGAACUAUACUGGAUACCUACAAGAGUUUUACUUUGGUAAAAAGAAGAUAUUUGACAGUAUUGUACCCACAAUAACAGACAGAAGAUUUGCUAAAAUUGGAACUGUGAUCGAUGGAUCCAUAACAUCCGAAGAGAGUAGUGGGUCGGGGUGUUUACUAAUCGGUGAUGACGAAGAUGAAGAAUGCCCAACAACUGAUAAUUCCAAAGGGAAUGUGUCCAAAGUUGAACUGAACUCGACAACGAUGCAGCCUACCACUGAGCUAGUUCCCGAGUCUGUGCCGACAGGCGUCGCAGUGCAGAAGUCCCUUCCACAAGUAGUGCCAUUCUGGGUGAUCUCGGCGAUAGUGGUUGUAGCAGCCAUUGCUAUUUCAGUGACAUUAUUUUUCUUGUAUCGCUGGAACUCUCGUUACAGUGGAUCAUUUAAGCCCGAGUCUUCUUCGUCAAGUUGUAUGAACUCACCAAAACAUGGCGCUUUCGUCAUCAAUCCGCGUAUUCAGGUCACAGUGCACGAUGACAGGAUGUAAGAGAGUUCUUAAGCUUUGUCCCUGAGGAAAAAGUCUUACGCUCUGAAUGGCAAUCACAGAGCAAGGCAUAAGAUUAGCACAAAUGACAUAGAAGAAAGAUUGUUUGAUUUUACAGUCGGCGUUGUAUUGAAAAAGCUCUUUAAUCAAGAGGAAUACGUGUGAGAGAUAAAGCGGAGACGGCGAUCCUUUAGCCCGUGGAGAGUAAAUUAAUUAAGCGAGUUGCUGUGCAGCUUUACGGUACUUUUUAUUAGAAUACGGCAAAAUAAACUAACCAAGUAAGUGGACUAGACUAGGCUACGUGGUAUGUGGAUCAACGCCAUUGAGGUUUGCUAUGACAAGCGUUAGGCGACCACUUACGACGUUUCAAAGAAUGUCCUAGUCAGAUUUACAUCGUUGAGAACCAGUAGACAUUACACUGGAAACGCUAAAUAUCAAAGAUUUCUCCUAGUUUCCGCUUAAAACUUGAAUAAGAGUAUGACUGGUUAUUGCGUCGAGGAAAGACGCCAUUGGCUGACGUUUAUUCCGUUGGCUACGUUGUUGGUAGGUUAAGUGAUGUUUACGGCUAACUUGCGUGUAGUGUCUAUAAAAGUACAAGGUAGAACGUGUUACAAUUUUCCAAAUUGGAGAAGCAUGACCUCUACAGAUUUGCAUUUAUUUGUAUAAAAGUUUCAUAAAAUGAUUGGUAAAAUGAACUGAGUUUCAAUCUCAAAGCUAGAAAUCUAUUGUUCUUUAAUUUCGAUGUGGUGCAAUCAAUUUAUUUUUGCUAUGAGAAACAGCUUGCUGUAAGCUCGCUUUUAUAAUUAAGCUGAAGAAUGUUAUCAGGUUGUAAAUUGAAUUCAUGACGAGAUUUUGAGAACUUUGACAAUUUAUCAGGUAUUAAAUUUUACAGUGUACAAACAUGAAAUGGUAACAAGUUAAUUAUCGAAUGAGCUUCCAAGCACCACCAAUCAAUCCCGUUUUCAAUAAGUCCACCAUUAUGAUGCUAAGAGAACGAGAAGUCCGUUUUGCAGCUUUCGUUUUAAAUCUCCAUCACUGCAAGUUUUUUUGUGAACUAGUGCUAAAACCUGGUGAUGCGUUAGCCGCUGCUAAUAAACAUGACACAUCCCGCAUAAGACUUUCUCUGCUAAUGCGCUCAAGCUUUGUUCUGAUUGGACAAACUGAAAACUCCGAUGACGUGGUGAUUUGAUGCUCAUAGACUUGAUUAUAGGUAGAAACUUGAGAAAAUAUUAAAA